AUGGGAAGUAGGAAUAACACAAAUGUGCCUGACUUCAUCCUUAUGGGAUUGACAGACUCUGAAGACAUCCAGUGGGUCCUCUUUAUGUUAUUUUUACUGAUAUAUCUGAUUACUAUCCUGGGGAAUGUAGGGAUGAUACUAAUAAUUCACAUGGAUCUCCAGCUUCACACACCUAUGUAUUUUUUCCUCAGUCAUCUGUCAUUCCUUGACCUGAGUUACUCAACAGUCAUCACACCUAAAACCUUACAAAAUUUGCUGACUUCCAACAAGUAUAUUUCAUUCAUCUGCUGCUUCACCCAGAUGUAUUUUUUCAUCCUAUUAGGUGCCACAGAAUGUUACCUUCUCUCUUCAAUGGCCUAUGACCGCUAUGUAGCCAUCUGCAGUCCUUUACAUUAUCUAGUUGUUAUGUCCAAGAAACUCUGCUGCACCCUUGUCACUGUGUCCUACAUGAUUGGUUUUACUGGCUCCUUGGUAAAUGUUCUUUCUAUGAACAGUUUGCAGUUCUGUAAAUCCAAUGUAGUCCAUCACUUCUUCUGUGACACAACCCCAAUUUUAGACCUGUCCCGCACUGACACUCGUAUCACUGAAAUCACAAUAUUCUUUCUUGCUGGUUCCACCCUAAUGGUGUCUCUUAUCACAAUCACUGUGUCCUAUGGGUCCAUUCUGUCUACUGUCCUGAAAAUCAAUUCCACUUCAGGCAAGUACAAAGCCCUCUCUACUUGUGCCUCCCAUCUCCUGGGAGUCACCAUCUUUUAUGGCACUAUGAUUUUUACUUAUUUAAAACCGAGUAAGUCCUAUUCCUUGGGAGAGGAUCAGGUGGCCUCUGUGUUUUAUACUAUGGUGAUCCCCAUGCUGAAUCCACUCAUUUAUAGUCUUAGGAACAAGGAGGUGGAAAAUGCUGUCAUUAAAGUCAUGCAGAAGAGAGAGCUCUCCAGGCAAUUGAAAUGA